ACGUGCAUGAGCUCAGCUGGUAGGUCAGAUGCCUUCAUGCAACAACAAGUCAAAUCAAGAAGAAUUGAUAGCUAGAUAGAUAUUCUAUGACUCAGUUACUCGGUAGCUUUGAGGUUUAUUACGAGCUAGUUAAUAGUAAAAAAAAAAAAUAUUGGGUGACUACGUCAAUAUUUCGAAUAGAAAAGUAAUGUUGUGUAGCUACUUUCUUUACAAGGUUUUUAGCUAGAAAUCGAUUGCAAAGUGUCUUUCAGCGCUAAACCACACUUGGUUUGCUGGCGUGAGUUUACCAGCAUCUCUGUCUGUUUGUUGUCGAUACAAACGGAGUGCCAACGCCUUUUUCUGUCUCUCUGACUGGGGGAAACUUAUCGUGGAAGCACCCGAACGUUUUGUAUUUCUCCCCAACAACUUAUGAACGGUAGCUGCCAUUCAAACUAGAUCUUCAAGAAACCUCAAGUAAGUGUUAAAAAUGGGUUGCACGAUCAGCCAAGAGGACAAAGCAGCGAUGGAAAGGAGUAAAAUAAUUGAUCGGAACCUACGAGAAGACCGAGACAAAGCAUCCAGGGAAGUGAAACUUCUGCUACUUGGGGCUGGGGAGUCUGGGAAAAGUACCAUAGUGAAGCAGAUGAAGAUCAUCCACGAGGCCGGCUACUCUGAGGAGGAGUGUAAGCAGUACAGAGUGGUGGUGUACAGCAACACCAUCCAGUCCAUCAUCGCCAUCAUCAGAGCCAUGGGACGCCUGAAGAUAGACUUUGGGGACGCCGCACGAGCGGACGAUGCCCGUCAGCUGUUUGUAUUGGCUGGUACGACAGCGGAGGGUGUGGUAUCAUCAGAUCUGACCGGCGUGAUGCGGAGACUGUGGACGGACAGCGGGGUCCAGACCUGCUUCCUGCGCUCCAGAGAGUACCAGCUCAACGACUCGGCCUCCUAUUAUCUGAAUGACCUAGACCGUAUCACCCAACAGACUUAUGUCCCCACCCAGCAAGACGUGCUGAGGACCAGAGUCAAGACUACCGGCAUCGUGGAGACACACUUUACCUUCAAAGAGCUCUACUUCAAGAUGUUUGACGUGGGCGGCCAGCGGUCGGAGCGGAAGAAGUGGAUCCACUGCUUUGAGGGAGUGACAUCCAUCAUCUUCUGUGUGGCGCUCAGCGACUAUGACCUGGUGUUGGCAGAGGACGAAGAGAUGAACCGGAUGCAUGAGAGCAUGAAGCUGUUUGACUCCAUCUGCAACAACAAGUGGUUCACAGACACCUCCAUCAUCCUGUUCCUCAACAAGAAGGAUCUGUUUGAUGAGAAGAUCGGCAGGAGUCCACUCACCAUCUGUUACCCCGAGUACGCAGGUGCCAGUACAUAUGAGGAGGCUGCAGCCUACAUCCAGUGUCAGUUUGAGGACCUGAACAGGAGGAAGGGCACUAAAGAGAUCUACACCCACUUUACCUGCGCCACCGACACCAAGAACGUCCAGUUCGUGUUCGACGCUGUCACAGACGUCAUCAUCAAGAUCAACCUCCAGGAGUGUGGACUCUACUGAGGUGACGGGGAUGUUCAGGUGUCUGGUGGGCUGUGAGCCUCAUGGGAGGGGGAUGGUGAUGACUUGGGAUGUUUGAAUUAGAUGAUCGUGGAAGUAGAAGAAGAUUAUAGAAAGUAGAACCUGAGACUGUUCGUUGCGACACUGCAUGCAGCUCCAUGAUGAAUACUGCAUUUUGGGAUUGGGUCCUUUUUUGACCACUUUAUUUUCCUCCAUGUUCAACACUGAUACACCGAGUAGCAGGACAGAACUGAACUGUGGGUAAAACCUUCGCUAGUGAAACACUCACUGUGACUUCUAUGGGAACUGCCAAGUCAGACUACAGAGCACUUCUGUUUUUAGUUCCAGGUAAUGUAUAUGGAGUGGAGUGAUGUUUUUAUGGCAUUUAGUUGGUGAUUAACCAACCAAUCACACAGAUAGAAAAAUAAUCCUUGCCUUUGUCCCAAAUGGCACCCUAUACCCGAUUAUAGUGCACUACUUUUGACCAGAGUUUUGACCAUCCCUUCUCUUCAUUCUAUAGAUUAACACAAUACUGGUAUAUAUGCAAAAAGGACCAAACCACCAAGCAGAACAUCUCAUCUUAAUAUUUCACAAUUGUUUUUAUUUUAAUUUUUUUCUCCCACCAAUCUGUUGUAAUCUGAGUAAUAUGCCUAAUUUUAUGUAUUUUAUAGCAUGUUGUUUUGUAUAAAAUAGUUGGAAUAGUUUAUUUUUUUCAUUUAAAGAAUAUCAGAUUGCACUUAUUUCCAUCUAUGAGUGGUGUGAAUGCUCUAUUGUUCACGUAUGGAUCAGGAAUUCAUGUGAUUUUGAUUUGAUGUGCACCUAUGUACUACUCACGUUUUGAGAUUUUAAUCAGCCGUCUUUCAUGAAUUCAAUAGUCUUGUGUAGACUUUAACAUGAGGUUUUACCAAGGCUACAUCUUAAUUUCAGAAUCUUUUUUUUAUUUUUAUUUUUUUUAUGGACCACUUUGUAUUGAACAAUAUUUUUAUAUUUAGGACUGUUGUUCAGUAUGGCACAUUAUUGUACAUUUAUUGAUAAUUGAAUAUUGAUUAUUGUCAAGUGAGAUUAAGAAUUGUAUCACAACGCUUUAUAAAACAAGAAUUAUUGAUUACCUGCAUGAAAGCGAAUUUUGGAAUUCACAGCUUGAUAUUUUAUGGCCUUUUAUAAUUAAUUCAGAGACUUUUUUCAUUCAAAGUGCUUUUUUUAAUCCUGUGGAUUUCAGUUAAGAAUGAACUGACCAGGGAACUAGAUCAAGUGUGUAACAAAAUGUAUUGUUACAGAGGGGGGAAGCUACGCUCAGACCCCACUUGCAGAAUGGAAUUUUCCUUAAUCCCAUCUUGGCAACUCUGCCUCGAGGACAGAUCCAAAUGUGACUGGUUAAGUUUAGGCGAGAAAUGAGACAGUAAGUAUGUAAUUCCACGUGGUUAUGGGUUGGGUUAAUAUGAUUAGUUCGGAACCAAGGAGAACUCCACUGAGCGUUAAUCUUGUCCAGAAAACGGUUUCCCAAAUGACCACUAACUACUCUAUCUGGGUUAAAGACUGUCACCACUUCCGAACCAUACCUUACAGGGUCAUAUACACAAUUAGGGGCCCCAACAGAAGAAAAUACACUGAAACAGGGAGGGGAAUACCUGGAAUUGUCCAAUAAGACUUUCAUAAUAACUUUUUUGCAACAAUAUUUGAAACGGCGUGCACUAAUGAACACGACCCUGGAGACGGAUCAGAUUGUUGGGGGUUACGUUAUAUUUCUGGUUCAGUUUUGACUUUGUACAGAUGUGUUGUUAAUCUUAACACCAUUAAAUGAUGGCACUAAA